CAUCAUUCUCGAACCUCGAGAGAACGUGGAGUCGCGUGUUUUUGCUGAGCUGGAUUGUGUUUACAUCCCAGAAAACUGUUUAUCACUCCAUCCUCCCCUCCCUUUAGCCCGGCUCACAAGCGGUGGCCACACACACACACACACACACACAAUUUUUUUUUUUUGUGAAAAAUCGCGUUUUUUUCCAAAUCGGCCUUUCUUUCGAAUUUUAGUAUUUUCUCCCGCAUUUUUUCAUAUUUUUUGGCUUUACUUUUGGUUGCUGUUAGGACGCGAGUCUGGACGAGUCUGAAAAGAGAAGAAAGGAGGCAACAACUUUUGGAAACAUGAAGGUGACGGUUACAACGUUAAGUGACGAUAUCUUUGUCUUGGAUGUCAGUGAAGAUCUCGAAUUGGAGAACUUUAAGGCCUUUUGCGAAAUCGAGAGCGGCGUACCGGCUCACGAGAUCGUCAUUGCCUUCAACGGCCUACCAUUAAUGGACGAUAAGAAGUCUCUUAAGGACCAUGGGAUUCGUGAUGGUGACGCCGUUAUCCUUCAACACAUGCAUCAGAGUGGCUCCGACUUGAACGUUAACCCCUUUAACGGAGUUAUUCCUACAUUGGACUUCAGUUCCAUCAGAGUACCAGGAACAUCGAACAAUAGGCAAAUUCCAACUACAAAUAGUACUACUGCUCAUAGAGUACAAAAUCCACGUAGCGAGGAUGAUCCAGCCAUGAUAAGAGACAUGUUCUUAGCAAAUCCAGAUCAAUUGGCAUUACUCAAGCAAAAUAAUCCUAGGCUCGCGGAUGCCCUUUUGUCUGGUAAUUUAGAUAGAUUUUCAACUGUACUGAGGGAACAAAUCAAGGUCAAAGAAGAACGCCAAGUGCAAAGAUUAAGAAUGAUGAAUGCGGAUCCGUUAGAUACCGAAGCGCAAAGACUGAUCGCAGAAGAAAUUAGGCAGAAAAACAUUGAAGCCAAUAUGGAAGCAGCAAUGGAAUAUAAUCCUGAAACAUUUGGCACCGUUGUUAUGUUGUAUAUUAAUUGCAAAGUAAAUGGAUUUCCUGUUAAAGCAUUUAUUGACUCAGGUGCACAAACGACGAUAAUGUCCGCGGCUUGCGCAGAGAGGUGUCACAUUAUGCGUCUGGUCGACACUAGAUGGGCUGGAGUCGCCAAGGGCGUUGGCGUGCAACGCAUCAUUGGACGCAUUCAUAUGGUACAAAUUCAAAUAGGCAAUGACCAUCUUACGACGUCUUUUAGCGUACUCGAAGAACAAAGAAUGGAUAUGUUACUUGGUUUAGACAUGUUGAAGAGGCAUCAGUGUUGCAUAGACUUGAAGAAAAAUUUAUUGAAAAUCGGAACUACUGGAACUGAAACUCCAUUUUUAGCAGAAGGCGAUUUGCCAGAAUGUGCAAGAUUGAGUGGUAACAGCGAUGAGUCACUGGACGAUAGGGAUCUGCACAGGGCUUUGGAAGAUAGUACAAGAGAUGCGAAGAAGCAAAGACAACAGCACGAUAUCCAGGGUCACAACAAUUCCGUUGGCGCAUCAUCUUCAUCCAACAGACUGGCCACGUUAGAAACUACCAUUUUUUCGCAUGAUCCAUUUAACGAAGCAACGGUUAAAGAAAUUGAAGCUUUAGGUUUCAGUAGAGCCCAGGUUAUUAGCGAACUGCGUAGGUUUAAUGGCGAUAAGGCACAAGCUACGGCAGCAUUGUUUGCAAAAUCUUUAAAAUUCUAAUGGUGAAGGCGGCCAUCGUAUACAAUAUUUAGCAAUAUUAUAUAUACAAAUCUGUGAAUAAUAACAAGUCGCAUUGCGAUGGGCAUGCAGCGAAGUUUAAGGAAAUUUAUACCUUUCUUUUUUUAUAUGUAGCAAUUUUCCAUAACGUUCGUUAUACAAACCGACUAAACUAGAUGACGUUAAGAAAGAUUAUCAUAUCUUUUAGAAUCUUCUGUCUGACAGGCUGAGAAUCGAACUUGCCGAGGAGUUAUAUGUCCUCAAGUUUCAUGCGUAAACGCGUAAAUAUUUAAUACAUAAAUACAUAAGGGGGUUAGUAAAAAGUUAUAAGAUUUUAUACAAGCGAUUGAAAGAUAUUAUAAUAUUGAGAGAUGAGCUAAUCUAUAAUGCGAUGAAAAGGAAGAAAAAAAAGUGCUUCUCGUAUGAUAAUCCACAGUAUGGUUAAGAUGUUUGUAAGUAAAAAGAAAGAAAAAAAAAAAAAAAAAAAA